AUGACUUCCAGAUCAACCAGGACGAGCGUCUCGUCGUCGCAUAGCCGGCUUCAUCUCCCAGCAUCGCCUGCAGCUGCGGGCUCAAGCACUGCAGGCUAUUCACAGUACAGUUCCUACGAAUACUCGACUCGUCCUCGUACCGCCAUAUCAACCAUCGGAGUAGAGUCGCAGCAGAUCAUCUGUGCUGUGAGCGAGUCGCGCGGCAUAGCUCCCACUGUUGGUCUUGCUUUCGUCAACCUGGACACAGGCGAGGCCGUCCUUAGUCAAAUACCAGACAGUCAAUCCUAUGUUCGCACCCUCCACAAGUUGGCAGUCUUCAGCCCUUCCAGAAUUUUGAUCCUCGACACGGCCGCCAAAUCAAAGUCAAAGUUGUUCUGCCUCAUCGAGGAAAAUCUGGACGACUUGAACAGCAAUUUGAUCCUCCUUGACCGUCGCUACUGGGCCGAAACUACUGGCGUCGAGCUCAUCGAACAAUUCGGCUUCGUCCAGGAUGUGGAUAGCAUCAAGAUGUCCGUCGAGGGCAACUACUUUUCCGUCUGCUGCUUUGCCGCGGCUAUGAGGUUCAUCGAGCUUGCCAUGAACAAGACUUUCCCGCCGCACUCUUUGAGGAUCAGAUACGAAGCAUCAGAAGGUUCUAUGACGAUCGAUCUUUCCACCAUUCGUUCCCUUGAGUUGAUACAGAAUUUGCAAAGCCAAAAGUCGUCGGACUGCCUCUUUGGUAUUCUCAACGAGACCUUGACACCAAUGGGUUCGAGACUUUUACGUAGCAAUGUCUUGCAACCACUUACCGAUCAGCAAACGUUGGAAACCCGUUAUGAUGCUCUUGAAGAACUGGCAACCCAGGAAGAUAUGUUCUUCGCUACAAGAUCAGCGCUGAAGGCCAUCCUGGAUGCAGACAAGAUCUUGACCCAGCUAAUCAUCAUUCCGACCAAGCCAUCUUUGCAAUCCACUGAGCAGAGUAUAAAUCAGGUCAUCAUGCUCAAGCAGUUUGUGACUGGCAUAAAGCCUGUCUACGAUGCUUUGACCGGGUCAAGGAGUGUCAUGUUGAAAGAGAUUCGACGUAACUGCAAUCCAACCAGUAUCGAUCCUAUCAAGGAGCUUAUCGACGAGUUUAUCAAUGAAGACAUCACUUAUGCGAAGCAACCACUCGAGUUGCGGAACCAGAGGACAUACGCAGUCAAGGCAUGUGUCGCGUUCGAGAACCGAGCGACUCAAACUGACCAACGUCCANAGUCAGGAGUCAAUGGCCUGCUCGACGUGGCUAGACAAACAUACAAGGAGGCCAACAUGGAUGUGUAUCAGCUUGUUGACAAGUUGCAAGGUAAACACCAUAUAAUACGGCACCGUAAUGUCCUGACCAUGUCCCAGNAGACGCACAAAAUCGGACUGGACCUCAAAUACGACAAUGCUCGACAGUACUACCUCAGUCUCAAAGCCUCGGAACUCGAAGACCGAAACCUACCGCCUGUUUUCAUCAACGUCAUUCGCAAGAACAACAGGGUAGAGUGUUCGACCUUGGAUUUACGAAAGCGCAGCCAAAAGAUCUCCGACUCGCAUACCGAAGUGCUGCUGAUGAGCGACAAAGCCAUACAAGACCUGAUAACCGAGAUCCGCGUCUACAUGUCAGUCCUCUUCAAGGUCUCGGAAAGUGUUGCCAUGCUAGACGUGCUCUCAUCUUUUGCUCACAACGUCACCCUGCACGAAUACACUCGGCCUCGAAUUACGCAAACUCUCGGCAUCAAAGCUGGUCGCCAUCCUAUCAGAGAGAAAGUACAGAAUAGUCCUUUCAUACCGAAUGACGUGUUUGCUACUCAGCAGUCUCGCUUCCAGAUUAUCACAGGAUGUAACAUGAGUGGAAAGAGCACUUACAUCCGUUCGAUCGCUUUGCUAUCAGUGAUGGCUCAGAUCGGAUGCUUCGUUCCAGCAGAGUUCGCCUCGUUCCCGAUCAUCAAGCAACUUUUUGCAAGAAUAUCCCUCGAUGACAGUAUUGAAGCUAACGUAUCCACAUUUGCGUCAGAGAUGAGAGAAACGACCUUCAUCCUGAGGAACAUUGGCAGGAAUAGCUUGGUGAUCAUCGACGAGUUAGGUCGAGGAACAAGUCCGCGAGAUGGACUUGCCAUAGCUUUGGCAAUUGCAGAGGCUAUGGUGGAAAGCCGGGCCUUAGUUUGGUUCGCAACACACUUUCGCGAUCUUGCAAAGAUCCUGGCUGAACGGAACGGUGUGGUCAACAAGCACUUGGCGGUGGACAUGUCCGAAGCCGAUACGAUGGCCAUGUUGUACCGACUCACAGACGGUGUUGUCUCCGAGCAACACUAUGGCUUGCAGCUGGCAAAAGUCAUGCCGCUACCUCCCGACGUAAUCGAUUACGCAACACAAGUAGCAGAACAGCUACAAGCGCAAGUGGAGAGAAGGAAGAAAGCUUCCAAGGCUGUCAUCAUCGGAAGGAAGAGAAAACUCAUCCUGGGGCUGAGGGAGGAACUCAUGCAUGCUUGUGGCGGUGCAAUGGAAGGGCCAGUCCUCCAGAGCUGGCUCCAAGAACUUCAGCGCGAAUUUGAGGUUCGGAUGACUGCGAUCGAGAGGGAAGCUGAUGAUGUUGAUCUUGAUAUGGAUAUCGAGAUGGCAGACNUCAGGGUCAUGGCGAGUGAGACUACCUCAGUGGUGGACCGUGAUGGUGGUGAGGCGAUGAGCAGUCAAGACAUGGAGUCGACGGUUGAAGACGACAGUUACAUCGCUGACAGGUACUGA